AUGAACACGUCUGUGUUGGUGAAAAUCUUGCUCUUCGUUUGUCUCAUAAACCUUUAUCAUUCCCUUUCCCUUCUGCAAGCCUACAAUGACGCAAAAUGGUCAAGAAGAAGACAGGGAAUGCUCAAUACGAGAUUCACUCCCGUAGCCCAUCAAAGAGGUGACGAUGAUUGGCAAAAACAACUUGGUCAAGCUCGUGUUGUCGGCAAAAUCAUGGAUGAGAACGAGAUCGGUUUGGAGGUGAUGAAUCCGAUAAAUGAUCGAAUCAACGAUUUCUUCAAUCGAGGAUCACAGGGUAGAGGAGCGCUUGGACAGCGGAAUUUCGGGGGAAGGAGA